AUGGACUUUCCACACCUGCCUGGCCAAUAUCCCAUGGAUCCCCCAGAAAUUGAAUGCACUACAAGCUUGGAUCCCGAUACGUCGUCCUCUUCGACUCGGUCUUCGGAUACCACUGACGCGGCCUGGAUAGGACAAGUACACCAGAUGACUUGGGAUAUCCUAAUAUCAACACUGGACUACGAGCAGGCUAUCAACCUUUUACAUACAGCCCGCGCUCGUAUAACUUCGCGUGAAGAAGCGAAAAAUCACCAGGAGCUGAUAGACGUAGCCGCCAAUAUUCGUACAGCUGUUACCAAGUUUGAAGUUGCAUAUAACCAAGGACAUUGGGUGCAGGCAAUCCUGAUCCUUGAUCGACUAUGUUGUUAUCUCACAACUAUGGUUAACCCAUUGGAUUAUAAAUCUUUUGAGCUACCUUUCGAGUGGCUCAUCAAACGAGGUGAAGCUGAAGUCCUUUGCAACCGGAGGGGUGCCGCUCGGCUUACUCUGGAACGUAUGAGAUCUCUAGCAGACUCGGUAUGGAGCGUCCAAGCAUGUGUAUGGCUCAGCGGCCUCAUUGACUAUGCUAAUGGGGAUAUUGAGGCAGCUUAUGAAAAGUUUGAAGACAUAACACAUUCUCAACCUCUCUCAGGCGCAGUCAAACACACAUACGAACGUGUAAAAAACGUCAAAAAUCGACUGGAACUCAUCUUCGGCCAGGUGGCUGUAGAUGACCCACAUAAAAUCGACGAUAUACUUUUUGCAAUCGAAAAUUUUCUCACGUAUACAUCAGGCGAGAAGGCCGAAACAGUAUAUCGCGUGAAUGUCCGCCUGGUCUUAGCUGACUUUUACACGAGGGCUAUGGCAAAAUUAAAGAUCUAUAAUGACAAUCAGUCCGCGCAACAUCUCACCAGCAGGGAGCCCGCGUACUAUAGGUUAAAGGCCAUGGGAGCGCUCAACCAUAUCCUUGCGAUCGAUCUAGAUUUUGACUUUGAGCACCGACACUUGUUCGAUCAUGAACGCAGGCGCCAUCUUAUUCGCGCCCUCGCACUUCGCAUCACGAUAUGCGUGUCUCAUACAAACGUGCACCGUUACCUCGAGUUGGCAUUUUCAGACUAUCAGCAGCUUUUAGUUUUAUUGAAAGAAGGGUGGGGAGAUGGAGAGGUCUCGAUUCACCCAGAGCGCGUCUAUGCCGAGUAUCUCCAACUGUGUCUUGCGAAUCAACACUUUUCAAAGCCGGAUCCAAACCCUAGUUGCAGUGCACCUCUAGAGGAGGAGCAGUGCAGCGAUACUCCAGGGGAGGGGCAGAGCAGCGAUACUCCAGAAGAUUCUGCGGAACAGUUGGAAGACAGUGUAGACUCUCUCGGUUACUACAAGAUUCUCGGAGUGGACAAGUCCGCUUCAAAUGACGAAAUCCGGCGAGCAUACCUAAAAUCGAGUCGUCGGAUGCAUCCAGACAGACAAGGAGGAGAUACGGCACUGUUCCAACACAUGCGGAUGCCAGGCACGAGUACGAUACCGGCCAUGAAUUUCAAAGCUUUGGUUUUUAGUGUCAUUCUUGAGAUGUCUUGCUAUCCAUAUUGUAUCUCAAAGAAAUUUAUUUUUAAUUGA